UUUGCUGGGCAACGGUAGGCAAGAUGAUUUAUAAACAAAAAUGAGCUUACAAAAUGCCAAUUUUCGUAUCAAUUUUGAAAUAAAGGAGUGCUAAUUAAUGAAUGGUGUAGUGCUUCAUAAUUUCAAUUAUAUCAUAAGUUAAUAUUCAGGGGGAAAAAUGGCUUCGAUAAAUGUGCGUGAUCAGAAAAUAGAACAGCAACGUCAGUUAAUGGAGCAGAAAAUGAGACAAAAGAGGCAAAACUCGGGAAUGGUACAGGCCAAUGAUUUGAGGGUUGGUUCGGCUAAGCGCCCAAUUUCAGGUAGCCGUUCAAGGGAACUGCACGGCUAUGAUGGCCCGAUGCAAUUUCUCAUGUCGCCUGUCAACCCUGAUCAAGUAAUACCCCUCCAGACCAAUAGAAUAUCUACUUAUGAUGAACUAGGCAACCAAAUAGAAGUGCUGACCGUUGGAGACGGCUCAGGCAGUGGCGAGGAAGAAGAGGAGAGUGUACCAGUGUGUAGUAUGGGGCGCGACGUUAGCACUGAUGACGUGUGCGCAGACGCAGCCGUGGCGCCCAUGCAGCGGGGCAUGAAGACUAGGGACUCGUCGCCUAGUCAGACGGCAGAAAUAGAAGGCUCAGUGGAGGGUGCCGUGGAGACAUUCGUGGUGACACCGGCGAAACACGGCACCCUGUACAAGUGUAGGAUAGCCAGGGAUCGCAAGGGAAUGGACAGGGGAUUCUUCCCAACUUACUUCUUGCAUUUAGAGAAAGAUUACGGGAAGAAAGUGUUCCUGUUGGCCGCACGCAAACGCAAGAAAUCAACAACAUCCAACUAUUUAAUAUCCACGGACCCCACAGAGCUUACCCGCACGGCGGACAGUUUCGCGGGAAAGCUGCGCGCGAACCUGCUGGGGCUCGCGUUCACCGUGUACGACAACGGCAAAGCCUGGAGGAAGCAUGAUCACGCCAAAACUAGACACGAGUUGGCGGCCGUGCUCUAUGAUACGAACGUCCUAGGCUUCAAAGGACCACGCAAAAUGACAGUGAUUCUGCCGGGCAUGACUCCCGACCGCCAGCGAGUGGCCAUAGCCCCUCAAGACGACAGCGAGACGCUAUUAGAACGAUGGAAAAGUCAAAACCUGGACGACAUAGUAGUACUGCACAACAAAACGCCAGUCUGGAACGAAGAAACCCAAUCUUAUGUCCUGAAUUUCCACGGGAGGGUAACCCAGGCAAGUGUGAAGAACUUUCAAAUUGUACACGAUUCAGAACCGGAUUAUGUGGUUAUGCAAUUUGGUAGGAUAUCAGAGGAUGUGUUCACAAUGGAUUUUAGAUAUCCGCUGUGUGCUUUGCAAGCGUUUGGUAUCGCUUUGAGCUCGUUUGAUGGGAAGAUUGCUUGUGAGUAAAUUGGGUUUUUCGUUUUGUAUUUCGGUAUUUAUGGACUGGGAUAUGAAAGGUGUUGUUAAAAUUGACGCUUUAAAACGUUUUUAUGUGUCUAUACUGUAAAAGCAAUUUUUUUUUUGUUUUGUAUAACAAAAUUUAUCUACUUAAAAGUUGGUUUAAAGGGACAUAUUAUGCUUAUAUUUAGGCUCCCUGCGUAUGUAAUAUUAUAUAAUUUAAUUACAAGAUAAAUUUUAUCAAUUUGAAUGAUUCUGCAAAUUAUAAAAGUAUUUAGUUCAAAAAUGUACAAAGAUUCAACAAAACUUGACCAAUAUUUAUGUUGUUUGCACUCCACUUCAAGGCAAAUAAUGAUUACUUUGCGAUGGCUACUAGGUCAAUGACGCCUCGCGUUUAAUUCUUAAUGAAAAAUCGAUUUUAAUCCAGACCGCUUUCAUGAUAUUGAAAUGUCUAUUAGUUUUGGUUGUACAAUCAAUACUUUUAUUGUAAAAGGAAAUCUCAUUCUCUGUACACGUGUACAGGAAGAGUUUGAAUCCUUUUAAUUUUGUAAUGCAAUAUAUUUAAUUUAAACUAAAAUAUUUUUUGUCGAUAUUUUUUAUCGAAAAAUUACUUUUCAUUUCCUUGUCCAUAAACAAAACGUAACGCGAGGGUUAUCCGAUAACGUUUAUUUUUCUGAAACCCUCAUAUUUACGGAACUAAGCGCACAUUUAGUUUGGUGCUUGUGGGUUGUGUUGUACGCAUCCAACGAUUGGUCGUGAACGAAGUUUUUAACGGGAUUAAACAAUUCAAACUUGGUUAUAAGCACAUUGGAUUUGAUUCAUUUACUCAUUUUUGGAUUGUUUGUUAAACAGAAUAGAUAUGUACUUAGAAGCGGCAGUCUCAGUGUCUCCUAUCUCCAUAGACAUCGUAAUAAUAUAAGACUAUAGAAAUGCCAUAUUGUAAUUGAAACUAUUGGAAUGAUGUGUCGUAAUUAUGCGUUGUAAUAUUGUUAAAUGAAUAUCAGAAAUUCUGAAAUUCAGUCUUAGUUUGGUCUAGAGUUCGACUGGUAGAGAAUGCCAAUAUGGCAUUGAGUCCACCUAUUGUACAUUAUUUCAGGUGCAAUAAAGUUUAUAUUAAUAAAAAGAAAAUAACAAAAAUGGGUCUUGUAACCUGAAAUAAAUAAAAUUUAAUUUGACAUGAAAAAGUUAUGGUGUAACUUCCAUAAAUUUUUCGCUAAAGUACAUACCACUUAUAGAGUCUUAUAUUAUUCGUAAUUCUAUACAUAUGAUUUCCUAAUUCACACAAAUUUAAUAUUAUUCAGUAAAGAUCUUUGAAAUAAGUUAUCAAGAACAAUCCCAAAUUGAAUAUGGGUAAAUGAAUUACCUCGUACCUAUGUAAAACAGAAAUUGCAUUUUUAGGUUUAGUUACGUUACGUGUAGAUGCGUCUCUCUAUUAAGUGUAACCAUUGUUAAUUUAACGAUAUCUCAAAACGUGUACAAAUUAUUUUAAGAUGCAGACGAAAAGGAUUAAAUACUGUCGAAUUGAGAACCUCCCCCUUUUUUGAAGUCGGUUAAAUUUAUUGCACGCAUUUUUUCACAAUUAAAAUUGAACCUUACGUCUCAGUGAUAAGAUUUGAAACCAAAGAUUUUUUUAUACUCGUCUGGCUUUAGAAAAUUGAUGCUAUCCUAAUUAUUCAUAACAAGGGCCUCAGACAAAUAUGCAAGACAAGGAAUGCGAUGAAUUUGACAGAAAUCAAAAGUAUAUAAGUAAAAUUAAAAUAUGAUAGUAGGACCUUUACCUUUUUUUUCGUGUGGACCACUCCAUUACUUUUCCACGGAUGUCGUAAACGGCGACUCAGGAAUAAGCUUAUAAACUUGAGAUUCUUUUUCUUAAUUCCACCAUUCAGCCAUACCGCUGAACGUGGCCUCUCAGUCUUUUCAAGAAGGCUUUGUCUACCCCGCGAAGAAAUGUAGACGUGACUAAAUUAAUGUAUUGAAUUUUUAAGAAAUUGUAAUUUGUCUUUUCGUCUGCGACGCGUAAUGUUUAUACUAGUCAUUUUAUGUGUUUUAAUUAAUUUUAAUGCACUAUUUUUUAUAUUUUACGACAUAUUAUGUAAAUGUUUGUAGCUCUUAGAAAAUGACCUUCGCAUACUUAAUGAGACGCACAUUUUUGUCAAGACUAUUUUCAGUUCAAAUUUAAAUCGGCUUGAUACCGCCUUUAUUAUUAUGGCAAUUAGUAAAAAUGUUUUUUCUUAUUUUGUAGUUUAAUAAAAUCGAAUAAGUGUCAUCUGCUCAGUCAUAUCACAUAUAAAAUUAUGGAAUUGCAAAGGAAAUGAAUAAUUAAUAGAAGUAAUCACUAAGUACUUUUAGUCGCCCGAAUAUUAAAUAUAUUUUGCAAAAACUUAGGACAUAUUUUACUUCUGAAUAAUCAACGAAAAUAUGUAAAUUACUUUUUCACAUUUCAUGUUUUCUUUGUCGUUUGGAACUGCAUUACAUUUUUUCAAAUGUAUGCAAUAUCAGUAUUAAUUGGUUAGCCAUGAUAAUAUUAAAUGUAAAUUAAUGCAGGGUUAAUAUAGAGGCCAUCUCUCGAUUUUCAAGAUUUUAUUAAAUUUAAAAAGUUUCCUGACAAUGAAUUAGGUUUUUUUUUUCUAUAUGUAUUUCUUUUACUAUAUAAAUUUCUAACGAUUUAAAUAUAAAACCAAUACUGUCUUUGUGGUAAGCUUAAGAAAGGCAAACAGGAUCUUUAAAUAAAAAUUCAUCAUCGCGAGUUUUUAGAACAUUUUUAGUUUAAGUUUAAUUCGUCCCAACCUAAAAUAAAGUUCCAGUAUUAUUUACAAUUUAUACCCUGACAAUAAGUUCACCCUAUCUAGCCUUUCACUUUGUCAAAAGCAAAAUUAUAUGUGUAAUUAGAAAAAAUAAAUGUGUGCCUAUAAUAGGUUAUGUGUCUAGA